GCCAUAUUGCUUUCGGAUAGCUUGGCGCUUCUUCUUGUUCCGCAGAAUUGUGAUUGAGAUCAAGGAAUGUAUAUUCUUAGUUGAGUUGUUAGCAGAGGGAAUAUAAUAUAUCGUGAUCAGUGUUAGUUUAACGAAUAAUAAUGGAUCCCGCCAAGAUGAAGGUCGUGGAUCUUCGAUCGGAGCUCGGCGCCUUGGGUUUGGAUACCAAAGGCAAUAAGCCGGCUUUGGUCGAAAGACUAAAGAAGGCGCUAGAAGCUAAAAGCGGGAAAGCAAUUGCUGAUACAACAAUACUAGACACAUCAACCGAGGAUGCAGAUGAGCCAUCCACACCCAGGCGUGCUGGACCAGCUGCUAGAACUCGGAGACGGUCCUCGUCAACCAGAGUGGCUUCUACUCCAGCUAAGGUAGUUCGAGUUGAGACACCAGAACCGAUUGUCGAGGAAACCAAGCUUGAAGAACCUGAAUCUGAACCUGAUCGUGAACCGUCUCCAGAAUCAUCACCAGAACCCGAACCAGAGCCAGUACAACCUGCACCUGUGCCUGUACCUGCACCAGAACCUGAGCCGAAGAAAGCUCCGGAGCCGGAGGCGAAGCCCCAAGUUCAGGACUCGGAGAUGUACAGCAUUGAUGAUGAGAGGAGCCAGUCACCAGUGCCUCAGGUGAAAUCUGAAGAACCAAUGGAGCAGGAAGCUGAUGAGAAGCAACCUGCUGAAGAUACAGCACAGAAGGAAGAUCAGAAGAUGGAAGAAGGUGGAGAAAAGACAGAGGGGGAAGAUAAGAAGGCUGUUGAUGGCGAAGAGAGUGAGGAGGCGCAAGAGAGACAGCGCGAGCUAACCGAGGAAGAAGAGUGGGAACAACUGAACGAGCGCCUGCAGCAGAAAGAGAAGGAACGUUUAGAGCGAGAGAAGAAGCAGGCAGAGGAGGAUGCAAAGCGUCUCGAGGAAUUUAGCAAGGACCCAGUGAAACUGAACCGUCUGAAACGCAAGCAAGAGAAGAAGGCUCGCUGGAGCAACUUCUACAAGGCCGUUGAAGUCACCAAUGAAGUGCUUACGCCCCCUGUUGAGGAAUCUCGCCACAAGAAGAAAUCUGAAUCGAGCGAGGCCAAGGUCGUUGAACCCGAUCUUAAUGACGACAAAUUGACUUUGUCUUGGUACGAUAGCGACCUCAACCAGUAUCUGGAGCUGCCAGAUCUAGUGUCCGUGGUGCCGCUGUCGGAGGGAGCGUUCGCGCACGCGUGGGCCGGCGCGCGCGGCACGCACGGCGUCGCCGAGGGACGGCUCUGCUUCGAGGUACGAGUGGGUGACGCGGUGACGACAACGGAAACCACCGGCGAUAAAGAGGUGAUCUCAAACGGGCUCCGAGUCGGCUGGUCUACGGAUGACUCCUCCCUGCAUCUUGGCGAGGGUGAGCUGAGUUUCGGCUAUGAGAGCACAGGCCGAGCUGUCAACAACGGAGAGUUUAAGGAAUACGGCAAGACCUUCUCCGAGAAAGACGUCAUCGGGGUUUAUUUGGACCUGGAAUCGAACCCGUGCAAGAUCUCGUACACGCUGAACGGCGCGGAGCUGGGCGCGGCGCACGAGUUCGACCGCGCGGCUCUCGGCGGCCGCGCGCUGUUCCCGCACGUGCUCACCAAGAACAUCUGCUACCGGGUCAACUUCGGACACGACCAAUACAACAUGCUGACAAAGACGAAGAUAGUCCGCAAACGCCUUGAAAUACCCAUCGAGCAAGUUCUAGAAGAGAAGAGGAUUCGCGAAGAGGAGAUCCAGCGGCAGAAAGAGGAAGCUGCCAGGAAGGAGAAGGAGCGAAAAGAUAAGGAGAAGAAAGAACGAGAGGAGCGACAACGGCAGAGGAGAGAGGAGCGCGAGAGACAGGAACGCGAAAGGAAAGAGAAAGAAGCUCAAGCAAGGAAAGAAAAGGAAGAGGCGGAAAAACAAGCACAGGGGGACAAGAAUGGAGAGGGGGACAAGGAUGGAGAGGAGGAAAAGAAACAGGACGAGCCUAAGGAAAAUGGCGAUAAGCCGGAAGAAGGCGCGGAAGUGAAACAGGAGCCUAUGGAGACUGAGUCGGCACCCGAGGCCGAGCCCGCGAAGGAGGACAAACCAGCUGAACCAGAGGACAAACCGGCUGAACCAGAGGACAAACCAGCUGAACCAGAGGCCAAACCAGCUGAACCAGAGGACAAACCAGCUGAACCAGAGGCCAAACCAGCUGAACCGGAGGCCAAGGAAGACGUCAAGGAGGAACCGGCACCAGAAGGCCCAGUCCCGGAGGUGACUGAGGAGCAAGUACUGAAGGGUCUUACACUCGACAAGCGGAUUAAAUUCGUCACCAGGUUCACGGUGGAGCAGGAGCUGGACGGGGCGGAGGCGUGCCUGCUGCCCGGCUACGUGCUCAUCGCGCAUGCGCAGCUCGUGCCCGGGCCCAGGCGACCCGCCUCCAAGGCCGAGUGCGAGGUGAUCCUGAUGGUGGGCAUGCCGGGCGCGGGCAAGACGCACUGGGUGCGCGCGCACGUCGCCCAGCAUCCCCAGCGCCGCUACAACCUGCUCUCCACGCAGGACCUCUUCCAUCGCAUGCAGGUGGACUGCAAACCCUUCCGAGACACCUGCGAAGGCCGCUGGGACGCCAUGGUGUCCAAGGGCGCUAAAUGCGUGCUUAAGUUGUUGGAAUUCGCCCACGGGAGAAGGCGAAAUUACAUUCUGGAUCAGACGAACGUAUACCCGUCGGCUCAGAGGAGAAAACUGCGGGAAUUCGACGGGUACCGGCGGGUGGCGGUCGUGGUCGUGCCGGACGCGGAAACAUUCGCCGAGCGAAGCGCGAAACGCGAGCAAUCCGACGGCAAGGAAGUCCCAGACGGAGCCAUCAUGGACAUGAAAGCCAACUUCGCGCUGCCGGAGAAAUGCUCGUGGAUCGACGAGGUCAUCUAUCCGGAGCUGAACGAAGAGGAAGCGAAGAAGAUUCUGGAAGCCUUCCACAAGGAAGCGAAGGCGGCGGGAGUGGUGAAGGAGCGGGAAAAGAGGGACCGCUCCUCGGGCCGCGACGCGCCGCCGCAGAAGAGACCGCGCUCCGGAGACCGCAGGCACGGCCGCGAUGAUCGCAGGAAGGACUUCAGCAGAGAUCGCGAGGACAGAUGGGGCGGCGGCGGCGGGGGCGGCAACAGUCGCUGGGGGCCGUCCGGCCGCGGGGGCGGGGGCGGGGGCGGGGGCGGCGGCGGCGGCGGACGCUGGGGCGGACCGAGGGACCGGCCCGGCCCGCCGCAGGGACGCUUCGAUCGCCCGUGGGGAGGACGCGACAACGGCGGCCCACCGUUCAACCGCGACCGCGACGGUUUCCGCGGCGGGCGCGGGGGCGGGUCCGGCCCGAGCGGGGGCGGGGGCGGGGGCGCGGGCGCGGGCGGCCCGCCCGGCAUGCGCGGCGAGCGCGGCCCGAGGCAGGAGCAGCGCUUCGGGGGCGGCGGCGGCGGCGGCGGCCGGCCGGACAACCGCGGCGGCCGGCCCGUGGACAAGCGCCCGGGCGGACCGCCGGGACCGGGGCCGCAAGGUGGCGGUGGCGGCGCGGGAUCGUGGCAGCGCGGCGGGCAGGCGGGCGGGCGCGGCGGACACAUGGGGGGCGGCCGCAGCGCGCCCGGCGGGCAGAUGCAGCGCGCGGGGCCGCAGGGCAAGGAUGGACAACAAGGACAGCAGCCAGGCAAUCAGCAGCAAGGAUGGAACCAAUGGGCCAACCAGCAGGGUUGGGGCAACUGGGGUAACUGGAAUCAACAGAACCAAGCCGCCUGGGGUAACUGGCAACAAAACUGGAACAACUGGAACCAGCAGGCGGGCCAGCAGGGCGGCGCCGCCAAGGGACAGGUGGCGGGGGCGGGCGCAGGGGGCGCGGGGGGCCAGCAGGCCACGCAGCAGCAGUGGCAGCAGUGGUACCAGUGGCAGCAGUGGCAGCAGCAACAGGGCUGGCCCGGGUACCAGCAAGGGCAGCAGCAGGCGGGACAAACUGGCCAGGACCAGCAGGCGCAAUGGGCGCAGUACUAUCAGAAUUACGGUGCUCACGCGGCGGGCAACGCGGUGGCCGACAAGAAGUGACGCGCCGAGCGGCGCUAGUGCCGCCCUCCGGAGCCCUACACUACACUUCACACUUUACACUUUACACUUCACACUUCACCCGACCCGAGCCGACCACAUCUAACGCUAUGGACACGAUUACACGAACAUCUACAUACUUAUAGUCUAUACCAUUAGCACAUUAGAAGAAUGUAAACAACCUAAACUACUCGGUCAUUCCGUCAAUGAGAUUUUUUUUUUGUGUCUGUGGAGUUAUAUCGUUAGCUGAGCUACUUUUAAGAUUCUAAUGAAAGAGAGUCACGACCGACACGUCAACAAUGCCUAAAGUCUAUCGAAGGUAACUCUGCAUCGACAUUGACAAAAUAAAGUGCUAAAGUGCCACGUUAUAUGUGCCAUUCUCAAUCAAACGGGGACUUAUUGUCGGUUGUCAAUACAGCUUCAAUUUUAAAUCGACCUUAUUGACAAGCGACAAUUUGGUAUCUUUUGGUUGAAAAUGUCACAUAUUUUCAUAGAUUUGACGUUUAUUCUUACUUCUAAACUUGCACACGUCAUUGUGUAGUGUGUGCAGAGUUAGCUCGGUCCGACUAUAAGUUCUGAUCUUUGUCUAUGGUAUCUGUUUUUUGCUAUAAUCUAUAGUCUGCCAACGAGUAAUGACUAACAGUAGAAUAAAAACACUACUCAUCCCAUUUUUUGAGGCUAUGUUAUAAUGCCUAGCUUAAGAAAAAUACAGUAAUUCUCUCUGUAUGCUCCACUGUCAAACGACUUACCAAACUAAAAUUUUUAAUGACCAUAGUCAUA